AUGGAAUUUCUCGUCGAUUAUUCUUUCGAUUUCAAUCGAUUAUUCAAAGAUGGCAUUCGAUAUGAACGGGCUCCUGGAGUAAGAAUAAGAUUUUAAAAAAAUUGAUGGAUUAUUUUUGAAUCCUAAAUGUUAUUAUUAAGCCCCUGCCUCACGAAAAUGACAAGUUAAAAUUUCGUUUUAUCCCUUGAAAAAGUUUAAUUUUUUGAAAAUUAGCCUUAUUAUUGAUUGAAAGGUAUCGCUAGUAUUCUUAAAAUUUUUCAAGUUUUUUUAAAGUCCAGCUGGAAAUUAUGUUUUUAAGUGCCUCAGAAACCCAUUUUUUUCGAUUUUUUUAAUUGAAAAUCCUAAUAUUCGAGCUCUUUUUUUCUAUAGAAAAAAAUAAAAAAACCUUUGAAAAUUUGGUUCGAAACGAUAGAAAUUAUCGAAAAAAACGCCAAAAUCUUUUGAAAAAAACGCUCAAAUUUUUUUAAAAAAACGCUAAAAAAAUUCUUGUGAAAAACGCUGAUGCAUUGGUUCCAGAUACUAAGAAAAAAACUGAAAAAAACGAUAAAAAAAUUACUGAAAAAAACGCUUGAAGUUACCGAGAAUAAGCUGAGAAUUUCUGAAAAUAGCUAGCAAAUAUUAAAAAAAGUUUAAAAAAACUACCAUAAAAAAACGUUUAAAAUUACCAUAAGAACGGUCCAAUUUUCCUAAAAAAACGCUAAAAUUUUGAUUCAAGAUCUUGAGGAUCACUGAAAAAUGAUAAAAUAAAACUGAAAAAACGCAGAAAAAAUUUGUUCGAAAUGCUUGAAAUCACCGUUCAAUUGCUGAAAAUCACUGAUAAAACGCUGAAAAUCAUUUCAAAACCCUUGAUUUUCAGCAAGAAGGCUGCCGACUCCGGAAACUCAUCCGAGAAAUCUUGAUCAGUCCCUCCACAUUGUGUUUCCACAACGGUUUCAUCGAUUUGGCCUUCAUUUAUCAUCACUUUUACCUGCCUUUACCUGAAGAGUUUGUACAAAAAAUAACCGGAACAAAUUUUUUUUUCUUUAGUUUUGUGACAUACUGCAACAAUGUCGCCGAGCUGUUCCCCGCCGAUUUUUUACCCGUUUGUGACUCGAAAUUCCUGGCCGUUAAUCAAACCGGUAUCGAUAUGUCUUUCCUGGAAUACGUGUUCCGGUUUUGGUGAGUAUUGAUGGAAGAAAAAUGGUUUUUCGAGUAAAUUUAGAAAAAUAGAAAAUAAAUAAUCACUGUUUCAGGUAUUUUUUCUGUUAUCGCAUAAUUUUUUUUCGUAGAAACUUCAGAGUGGCCCCUAUAGGGGCACUUAAAGGAUGCCCUCUAGGGACCACUUUACCUCCCCUAUAAGGGCAACUAGAUAUUGCAAAAAUGGCUCCUUGAGGGGUUUCAUUUAGGGACUCCUAUGGGGACCACUUGAGCUUUAGGAACCAAAGGGUAGGACUCUGAAUCUCUCUAGAGACCACUUUUCAGUCUCCUAUAGGGGUUGUUUUUCUCCUAACCCCUAUAGGGACCACUAUGAGGGUCCUAAGAAGUAUUACCUGAACAAAAUUUGAAAAGUGAAUUUGAAGAAUUUUAAUAAUUAUUUUUUUCUUGCGACAACUUUAUUGGAUAAUUUUUGAUAGCAGAACUUGAUGAAGUCGUUAAUUUUUGAAAAUAGGAACUUUUGAAUAUUUUUUUUAAAUUCUGAAAUAUGAAAUUUUUCUUUCUUUGAGGUCUCCAUUUGGUAUCAUAGAAGUUUGGAUUUCUUUUUUUGCAGUUUUGAAAAAAAAUUUGAAUAGGAAAUUACCCAAAGACCAAAAAUCAUAGAAAAAAAUCAGUAAAAAAAGUUUUUUUCAGCCUUUGCGAGAAUUUUUAUUGAAUAAUUUCUGAUAGCAGAACUUGAUCUAGUCGUUAAUUUUUUUGAAAAAUAGGAAAUUUUUGAAUUUUUUUGAGUUCUCAGAUAAUGAAAUUUUUUUCCUAAUGGGUCUUAAUUAAAUAUUAUAUUUUUGCGAUUUUUUUAAAAAUUUUUUUCAAAGGAAUGGUCCAAAACCAGAAAAUACAAUGAUCAAGUAUUUUUUUAGUCUCGGCGAAAAACGUCAUUGAACGCCGGAACGCCCGAUUUUACAUUGAUAUCGAUUUCGGGAACAAUUUGAAGCCCGCAGUUCAAGCUGCGAUCGAUUUAGUUAUAAUUAAUCAUUAGAAAUCAAUAAAAAAAUUGAUUUUUUUAGGUAGAUUGUAGCCUUCCAGUUGAUUUUUCCUCAGCAUAA